UCUUCUCGCCAUCUCUUCGCUAAAAUCCGCGUCUCACCCCCUCCAACUUCCCGUCCUAAAAGCCCAAAGCGGGUUCUUUUCAUCUAUGAGAUCGUCUCUGUGGCCGGGAAAAGCUCGUCAUUGGCUCGCAAUUCCAGCUUCUCAGUUUUAUACAAUGGCCGACGCACUUCUCAGCCUUGCUGGUGAGAUCGCAACCAUGGGCACCUCCUUAGCGACAGAAAGCAUCCGCCUUGCACGCAAGGUGUCGCUCCUCAUUCACCUUCUUGAGGAAAUUCGGGACUUUGCUGCGCAAAGCGGUGGCCAAACUGCGUCAAGCUCGUCGGCGGCGUCUUCUCCGUGGUCGUGCUUGGCGGAUCUGGCAUUUGCACUCCAAGCGGUGAAGAAGUUCCUGUUGCUCUCUGGAUGGAAGAGUGCCGGAAAGAAUUCCAAUCUGGAAUCGGUGACCAAGAAGUUGGCAAUCCAGUACCAGUAUGUGACAUGGCAAUUGGAGAAAGUCCUAGGAAACAUAUCCUAUGAGCAUUUUAAAAUAUCUGAUGAAGUCCAGGAGGAGGUUGAACUGGUUCUUGCCCAACUGAGAAGGGAGAUUGAAAAGAUUGGAGUAGAAAAUCUGCAUAUUUUCCAAGAAAUUUACAAUAUGCUGACUUCUGCAAAUGUCAAAGAUUUUAAACAGCAGCGUUCAUUUAAAUUGCAAUCAACAAAUAGCAACACAACUGGCUUUGUUGAUAGGGAGCUGCGAGACAUGGUUACUGGUCUUGCAGAAGUCAAUGGAAAAUAUAAUUAUGACACUGCGAGAAUGACGCUCAAAUUGAUGGAUAGACUUAAGAGGACCAGCCAUGUUGAUCAGUUUAAAAAUGAGAAAUCUGGAAUCAGGUUAAGUAAUUCAGAAAGGAGCACAGUAGAUGAUAAGCAACGUGAUUCUCUGGAGAUUCCCGAGGAUUUCCUCUGCCCAAUAUCCCUUGAGCUCAUGAGGGAUCCCGUUAUUGUCUCUACAGGCCAGACUUAUGAACGUUCUUUUAUCCAGAGAUGGAUAGAUUGUGGUAAUGGUACCUGUCCUAAGACUCAGCAGAAGCUUCAGAACCAUACGCUGACACCUAACUAUGUCUUGAGAAGUCUCAUCAUGCAGUGGUGUGAGGCUAAUAAGAUUGAGCAGCCAUAUAGACUGGCAAAUGGGCGUAUGAGAAGCGAUGGUACAUUUUCUGAGAUCACUGGAGAGAGAUCCUUUAUUAAUAAUCUUGUUUCUAAACUCACCAGCUGGUCCAGAGAUGAGCAGAGAUCAGCUGCAGCUGAAUUAAGAUCACUGGCAAAACGGAGCACAAAUAACAGAAAACUGAUAGCUGAAGCUGGAGCUAUCCCUGUGCUGGUUAGCCUCUUGUUGGUGGAUGACAAGAAGACACAAGAGCAUGCAGUGACAUCUCUCCUUAACCUUUCCAUCUAUGAGCACAACAAGGAAGUAAUAAUGCUUGCCGGAGCAGUUCUUCCAAUUAUUCAUGUCUUGAGAGAUGGAAACAUGGAGGCGAGGGAGAAUGCCUCGGCUGCUAUUUUUAGUCUGUCGCUUAUUGAUGAGAACAAAAUAACCAUUGGUGGGACACCUGGAGCUAUAGAAGCACUUGUAGAAUUGCUCGACAAUGGAAGCGCUAGGGGUAAGAAGGAUGCAGCGUCUGCUCUGUUCAACUUAUGUAUUUAUCAGGGAAACAAAUCAAGAGCUGUGAGAGCUGGUGUUGUAAGAGCUUUAGUUAAGAUGCUUGAGGAUUCCUCAACCAGUGGCAUGGUGGAUGAAGUACUGACCAUUUUGUCUGUUCUUGUGAGCCACAAAGAGGGAAAGGUAGCUAUUUCAAGAGCUAAUACAAUCCCACUUCUUAUUGAUCUUCUGAGAACUGGGCAGCCACGCAAUAAGGAGAAUGCAACUGCAAUAUUGCUUGCAUUAUGUAAAAAGGACUCUAAAAACCUUGCUUGUAUAGGAAGGAUGGGAGCCGUUGUUCCUCUAACCGAGAUUUCAAAGACCGGUACAGAGAGGGCAAAGCGCAAGGCCACUUCUCUUCUUGAGCACAUGCAGAAGCUGCAGAUUCUUUGACUGAAUCUUUCUCGUAGGUACCUACCUAACUUUUUUCAGUUCUUCCUGUGUAAAUAACAAAGCAGGACGUGAAUAUUGGGAUUUCAAGUUUUUGUAUUCUUUCCAAUUAUUUCAUUCUUUGAGAGAUUAUGUGAGGCUUUCUAUUUUUGAGAAAUGCCUUACAGUUUGUUCUUUUAUUCAUUUCAACUGUAAUUAGAUGUUGCCUCAAGGCUACAUCAUGUUUUUUCAUUCUUGCUCCAAUUUCAGAUUGAUUCUUUUUCUUUCAGCUUUAACU